AGUGUUAAGGGAAGUUAAAGUGAUGAAAUAGGACGCCCAUUCAGCUGAAUCGUAAAAUAAAAGGACAUAUAUCAGUUUGGCAAAUUACCAUUUGCUUUUCAGAAUUGCCGGGCGAUCGUUCAGGGUCCAGCACAAUGCAAGGUCUCUUCUUGGUGAUUUUAGCGGCAGUUGCCUCCGUUCACGGAACCAGGUACAGAGGACCGCGAUUUAUCGAUCUCGGCAUCACGGGCGUUCUCAGACCGGUCAAUGCAGGUUACACUCGAGGAGCCCUCAGCCGACUCGAUUCCUUUGAUAGACUGACCAGAACCAGUAUCAGUGGUCCAACAUUUGUGUCCAGUGGUUUCAGCGGAGGUCUGACCGCUAGUCUCCGUUCGCUGGAUCCCCUAGGUGGCAGAAGAGCUACUGAAGUCAGGAGGACUAUUGCGCCACUAUCAGGUGGAAUUCAGACCUACGAGGAUAUAGGACUAUAUAAUGGACUGGAGGGCAGACUGAGUAGAGAGCCAUAUCUAGGACCAGACCACGGACCUUAUGAUGGACCAGAUAGCGGGCCUUAUGAUGGACCAAACAGCGGACCUUAUAAUGGACCAGAGAUCGGACCUUAUCGUGGACCAGAGAGCGGGCCUUAUCGUGGACCAGACAGCGGGCCUUAUGAUGGAGCAGACAUUGGGCCUUAUACUGGACCAGAGAUCGGACCUUAUCGUGGACCAGACAGCGAGCCUUAUGAUGGACCAGAUAGCGGGCCUUAUGAUGGACCAGACAGCGGUCCUUAUUCCGAAUUUAGUGGACCCUACUCAGAUUCUAGGGGGCCUUACGCUGGACUGAGAGGCGACACUUUCUCGGAUGACGGACUGGGGGUGAGGUUUGGAACUGGUCUUACAACAGUCAGAACGGGUAGAUUAACAGCAUUUCCCAGUCGGGUAGAGUCCACUCAAUAUUUUACCAGGCGAAGUCAGCCGUAUGACGGACUGAGAAGUUCUAUCAGAUAUUCAAACAUUUACCCCGCCCAUAGAUCAGACCGAUUAUACUUUAAUCCGUAUGCAAGAUUGGGUUCCAGACAUAGAUUUGAGUUUGGUACAUCUGACAGAGGUACAUUCGAAUCAGCUCUCUCUGGGGAUAACUCUGAUGACUUUGACCUUGGAGGAAGGUCGUUAGCUGCAGCAGGAAGUGACUUUGUCCGUACCGCCGGAUCAGUCGGUUCAUCAGGGAAAUACACCAUCAAAGACCCCAAACUCGUUCCGAACUUCUAAGACCCACGAGCAAGGAUUUGUUUGGAAUCACGUGACCAUUUAGUGGACUACGAAGAUACACCAUUAACAUUGUACUUAUCAUUUUAUCAGACGCCCGGGGAUUUAUGAAUAAAAUCUUUAGCACAA